GGAGGGAGCGGGGAAGACGGAGCGAGGAGGGCGCGCGAAGGGAUGAAGAGCUCUAAGUGGCCGAUGAAGCCACGGCGAGGAUGAAUGAAAGAAGCAGCCGAGGGAGCGAGGCGCUUCCCGUGCUCCAGGUGAAGAGGAAGGGAGCCGCCCCGUUGGCCUCUGGGUGGGGGCCUGGAGGGUCGGGAGGCAGCCCUUGGCCCGCCCUGGGCGCCAGGGGGGAAGAGCCCGGAGCCGGGGGAGGCGAGGGGCAGAGGGGCCGCCCGAGUCCGCCGUCCCGCAAAGUGCAGCGAAGCUGUUGAAGCCCAGAGACUUCCACUCUGGACCUCCAGGCCAGACUGAAGACUUGGGUGAUGCCUGCCUAGAGCAGGUGGAAAAGCAUUUCAAAAAGAGAGGAAGUUCUUCCAGAUGAAUCGCCUGUCACACAGUCCUCGUGUUGGAAGGGAUCCCAAGGGUCAUCUAGUCUAACCUGAAUCCAUUGGCUUGGUUCCGGAGCCCUUGAGAUACUUGAAGAUGGCUCUCAUCUCUCCUCUCAGUCUCCUCUUCCCCGGGCUAAACAUCCCCAGCUCCUUCAACCAUUCCUCAUCAGGCCUGGUUUCCAGACCCUGGAUCAUCUGGGCUGCCCUGCUCUGCACAUGUUUCGGCUUGUCAACAUCCUUCUUAAAUUGUGAUGCCCAGAACUGAACACAGGGCUCCAGGUGUGGCCUGGCCAAGGUGGGACUAUGGCAUCCCUUCAUCUGGACGCUAGACUCUAAUGAUGCCCUUCCUCACCCUGUUCAAGUGCUGUAUCAGUGAUGCCUCCAGGGACCUGAAGUUGCUGGCAUCUCUAAUUCAGACCGUCGGACUGAACAUGACGAAAGGAAAAACAGAUUCCUUGAGAUCUCUGGAGGACUUCCUGGGAGCAGAGCUGGAUAAGCAAAAUUCAGCUGGUCCUGGAGCAGGAGGAGCCCAUGCCAUUCGCACUGGGAGAAGUGGGGGGUUCUGGGAAAACUCUGUGCAGCAGGUCCUGGGAGAAGAGGACACCCUCCGCUCAGAUGUGCAGAGCCAGCAGUUCAGGUGGUUCUGCUACCAGGAGACUGAAGGACCACGAGAAGUUUGCAGCUGGUUCUACCACCUUGACCAUCAAUGGCUGAAGCCAGAAAGGCACACGAAAGCUGAGAUGCUGGACCUGGUGAUCUUGGAGCAGUUCCUGGCUGUCCUUCCGGGCUCCAAACACGAGGGAGAGUCUCCUAAAAUCAUCUACUAA